AUGUCGCAAGGGAUCCUUUCUCCACCAGCCGGCUUGCUGUCAGAUGAGGAAGUUGUAGUCUCCCCCAUGUUUGAGUCCACAGCUGCAGAUUUAGGGUCUGUGGUACGCAAGGACCUGAUAACAGACUGUUCUGUCAUCUCCACCUCCCUGGAGGAUAAGCAGCAGGUUCCAUCUGAGGAUAGUACAGAGAAGGUGAAAGUAUACCUGAGGGUCAGGCCCUUGUUACCUUCAGAGUUGGAACGACAGGAAGAUCAGGAUUGUGUCCGUAUUGAGAAUGUGGAGACCCUUGUUCUACAGGCACCUAAGGACUCCUUUGCCCAAAAGAGCAGUGAGCGGGGAAUUGGACAAGCCACACAUAGAUUCACCUUUUCCCAGAUCUUCGGGCCAGAAGUGGGACAGGCAUCUUUCUUCAACCUGACUGUCAAAGAGAUGGUAAAGGAUGUACUCAAAGGGCAGAACUGGCUCAUCUAUACAUACGGAGUCACCAACUCAGGGAAAACCCACACAAUUCAAGGUACCAUCAAGGAUGGGGGAAUCCUACCCCGGUCCCUGGCUCUGAUCUUCAAUAGCCUCCAAGGCCAACUUCAUGCAACACCUGAUCUGAAGCCCAUAUUCUCCAAUGAGGUCAUCUGGCUAGACAGUAAGCAGAUUCGACAGGAGGAGAUAAAGAAACUGGCCCUGCUAAAUGGAGGCCUCCAAGAGGAGGAGCUGUCCACCUCCUUGAAGAGGAGUGUCUACAUUGAAGGACGGAUGGGUACCAGUAGCAGCUUUGACAGUGGCAUUGCUGGGCUCUCCUCCAUCAGUCAAAUGACAAGCAGUAGCCAACUGGAUGAAAUGAGUCACCGAUGGGCACAGCCAGACACUGCCCCUGUGAGUGUCCCUGCAGACAUCCGCUUCUCCAUCUGGAUCUCCUUCUUUGAGAUCUACAACGAACUGCUUUAUGACCUGUUAGAACUGCCUAGCCAGCAGCGCAAGAGGCAGACUCUGCGGCUGUGUGAGGAUCAGAAUGGCAAUCCCUAUGUGAAAGAUCUCAAUUGGGUUCACGUUCAGGAUGCUGAGGAGGCCUGGAAGCUGCUCAAAGUGGGUCGUAAAAACCAGAGCUUUGCCAGUACCCAUCUGAACCAGAACUCUAGCCGCAGGUUGUCACUUUGUGAUCUGGCUGGCUCAGAACGCUGCAAAGAUCAGAAGAGUGGUGAGCGGCUGAAGGAAGCAGGAAACAUUAAUACUUCUUUGCACACCCUGGGCCGCUGUAUUGCUGCCCUGCGCCAAAACCAGCAGAAUCGGUCAAAGCAGAACCUGGUUCCCUUUCGUGACAGCAAGUUGACUCGAGUGUUCCAAGGCUUCUUCACAGGCCGAGGCCGCUCCUGCAUGAUUGUCAAUGUGAAUCCCUGUGCAUCUACCUAUGAUGAGACCCUUCAUGUGGCCAAGUUCUCAGCCAUUGCCAGCCAGCUUGUGCAUGCUCCACCUGUGCAACUGGGAUUCCCAUUGCUACAUUCAUUCAUCAAGGAACACAGUCUACUGGCAUCUCCCAGCUUAGAGACAGGAGUUAAGACAGAUCCAGGCCUUGAUGAGGACACUGAAAAUGAAGCUGACAUUUCCAUGUAUGGCAAGGAGGAGCUCCUACAAGUGGUAGAAGCCAUGAAAGCACUGCUUUGUAAAGAACGGCAAGAAAAGUUGCAGCUGGAGAUUCAGCUUCGUGAUGAAAUUUGCAAUGAGAUGGUGGAGCAGAUGCAGCAGCGGGAACAGUGGUGCAGUGAACAUUUGGAUACCCAAAAGGAACUGUUAGAGGAAAUGUAUGAAGAGAAACUAAAGAUCCUCAAGGAGUCACUGACAAGUUUUUACCAAGAAGAGCUUCAGGAGCGGGAUGAGAAAAUAGAAGAGCUAGAAGCUCUUUUGCAGGAAGCCAGACAGCAGCCAAUAGCCCAUCAACAACCAGGGUCUGAAUUGUCCCUUCGGCGGUCACAAAGGUUGGCGGCUUCUGCCUCCAGCCAGCAGCUCCAGGAGGUUAAAGCUAAACUGGAACAGUGCAGAGCAGAGCUACGUUCCACCACUGAAGAACUACAGAAGUAUCAGAAAAUGUUAGAACCACCACCAUCAGCCAAGCCCUUCACCAUUGAUGUGGACAAGAAAUUAGAGGAGGGACAGAAGAAUAUAAGACUGCUGCGGACAGAGCUUCAGAAACUUGGUGAGUCUCUCCAGUCAGCAGAAAGAGCCUGUUGCCACAGCACUGGGGCAGGAAAACUUCGCCAAGCCUUGACCACUUGUGAUGAUAUCUUAAUCAAACAGGAUCAGACCCUGGCUGAGCUGCAGAAUAACAUGAUGCUAGUGAAACUGGACCUUCGGAAGAAGGCAGCAUGCAUUGCAGAGCAGUAUCAUACUGUACUAAAACUCCAAGGCCAGGCUUCUACCAAAAAACGCCUUGGUGCCAACCAGGAAAACCAGCAACCAAACCAACAGCCCCCAGGGAAGAAACCAUUUCUUCGAAACUUACUUCCCAGAACACCCACCUGCCAAAGCUCAACAGACUGUAGCCCUUAUGCACGGAUCCUUCGCUCACGGCGCUCCCCUUUACUCAAAUCCGGGCCCUUUGGCAAAAAAUACUAA